AUGAAACAGUUCAGGGUGGGAGGCAUCGACGACGAUGUCCAGACCAAUAUUCGCAAGGUGCUGGAUAUCUCCAAAGCUGCGAACUUUCUCAGCCAGAGUCGGAAAACCGAGAGCUCGAUAUUACCGCCGAGCACCCCAGUCUCGCUUGAGAGCACGGGAAGAGGCCGAAGUUUCAAAGUUCCAAGCAGCAUCGGGCGCAAGAGAUCAUCCAGUUCUAUUAAUGCCCCAAUUCCUCCGGGGAAGCGAACAUGUUCCACCUCCCCGACCAAAAAGACAAUCAGUCUCACCCUCUUGAACCGUGUCCACCGAAGAGUUAUUGUGUCUGACUACGGAAAACCUAUUUACCAGGCAAGUUCUUGCGCCAUAAUGCUGGCCGCGUUAGAAGGUUGGGUAAAAGUACCUCACACCGUACUACAGCCCGCUUUGGCCAUGGAUAAAUAG